CUCACGUUUUUUUUUCCCCUCUCCCAUUAAUCAUUUUCUCUCAUUCUUUCCUUCAUAUACUCUUCUCUCAAUACCAUUUUUUCUUUCCUUUUCUUUCCAUCAACAACUUUGCUUUUGAUGCUUUUGAUGAUCAUACAAGGUCUCAUUUAGCUAGAGAUUGGAAGCUGAAGCUCUCAAAGUAUAAAAAAAAAUGGCCACAACAGCCAGAGAAAGUAAUACUACUCAUAACAAGGAGAAGAAGAUAAUUUUCUCUCCCAAUUCUUCUCAUAACUCCAGUCACGGACACAACAGCAGUAGUACUACUACAACUUCCAGCACAAGACCUUCAUCCAUGAAAGAUCAAAAUUCACCCACAAUUAAUAAUGGGAAAUCAUUCCCCAACUAUCUCAAGCCUACUAUGAGUUCGAGACAUGAGUCUUUCAAGAAAAAAAACAACGACCAAGAAACCACCAAACCUUCUCUUCUCAGAAGGAGGUCAUUUGAUAGGCCUCAAUUAGUGCCAUCUCCAUCUCCAUCUUCUCGAGUACAGAAAGCUCUUAUCUCUCCGGGGCCUAGAGAGAGGAUUAGUAGAACCUUAACCGUCCGAUCUGCUUCAUUUUCUUCAUCGAAGAUCAAUGCAUCACCCAAGCCGAUUGUGGACAGGAUCUCAAAAACUCCAAAGGGUACUACUAAAUCUAUGACCAUGACGCCAACAACAUUUUCUAAGAAUAAUUUCAAGAAGACUAGUGUUCAUAUCCCUUCCAAGAAAGAACCUUUAAGGAAGUCUGCUUCUGCGUCAUCAUCCAAAGCUAGCACUCCUCCUCCAGAGACUCCCAAUAACAAUGAUCAAGAAAACAAGGGAGAACAUGAAGAAGUAGCUUUGGUUCAUGGGGAAGAUCACAAUGAAGAGAUGGCGAAUAACGUUACGGAGGUUGUGGAAGUUGUUCCUUCUGAAUUGCCGAACUCUGGGGUAGAUACAGAGAAACUGCCACUUUUCAAUGGUGAUAAAGAGGAUGAGAAGAAGCUAGAUGUAAUCAAAUCUUCAGAAGAGCAGCUGACUAUGUCGAAAAUCGAUCAAUUACCAACUCAAACUCACGAAGAAGAUGGAGAUGGUCAAUGUGAUCAGGAAGAAACAAGUAACAAUACUAAUCUUAGUCUUACAAGUGAUGAGACUACUAAGCAGCUUGAAUCUUCUCAAGAGGAAUAUGAUGAUAAAAGCAAAGAGAUCGAUAAUCCUGCUGAUAAUCAUGAUAGGCCAACUAAAAAAGAGAGAGUAGAUGUUGAAAACAAGCUUUCUGAGGAAGGCAAAGAAAAAGUGAAUGAUGAUGGAAAUAAGGAAAUAGGGGGAAAUGGGGAUGAUAUUGGGGUUGUGGUUAUUGAAGAGGAGGUGAAACUGCCAAACAUAGUAGCUCCUACAAAGACACCAGGAGGGAGUAAUCAUGGCAGGAAGGAGAGCUCACCUGCAUACAAUGAUGUGAUAGAGGAGACUGCAAGUAAGCUACUUGAGAAGAGGAAGAACAAGGUCAAAGCUUUGGUUGGAGCUUUUGAGACUGUCAUUGACUAUGAAUCUUCCUCCAAAUGACACUUCCCAGGCCAUAUAUGUGUGUGUGUGUGUGUGUGGAAACAAUUAUACAUUAUGUAAGCUAAUUGAUGAUUAGUCUGUAAAGAUUAUUUCUGGUUCUGUAUAAUAUUGUAAUAAGAGAGAAUAAAUCUCAAUUUACAACACAGGCCGGCUCCCAUAUAUAAUAAACUAAAUGCGUAAGCAUUUUUUGUGGAUAAAAGAAAAAAAAAAAAGCAAAAUAUUAGGAUGAUUUGGGGUUUAGGGUUGUGGAAUCAAACACCAGAUUAAACAUGAAGAGAUUCAGAUACGGUACCAAAGAUAAAUGGCAUAAGGCUUACC